GUCAAACUCCAAACGUCAAUUUUCUCAAAGUUGCUGUCAAAGAACUACUGUGCACGUCAAUAAUUCGCACUUUGUUUAUAAAAUUAAUUCAAGUCUUCAAGAUGGAAUUAAUUGAUAAUGAGAUUAGGCAGUGGGAUGCAGCUGAUGUAAAGGAGCAGUUUGGAGACAAUCUUACUUUGUUGCCGCUAAAUGACAACAUCAAGGAACUACAAACUAUUUUACGAGACAAAAACACAUCUAGAAGUGACUUCAAGUUCUAUGCAGACCGCCUGAUCCGUCUUGUGAUUGAGGAGAGUUUGAACAAACUACCAUUCACUGACUGUGAGGUGGUGACUCCUACUGGAGCAUUGUAUAAAGGACUUAAAUAUGGUGCUGGUAACUGUGGAGUGUCCAUCGUCAGGUCCGGAGAGGCUAUGGAGCAGGGUCUCCGAGAUUGUUGUCGUUCAAUCCGUAUUGGUAAAAUCCUGGUCGAGAGUGAUACGGACACACACGAGGCUCACGUGGUCUACGCCAAGUUUCCUGAGGACAUAGCGCGGAGGCAGGUCCUGCUAAUGUAUCCUAUCAUGUCCACCGGCAACACUGUAAAACAGGCAGUGAACGUAUUAACCCAGCACGGUGUGAAAGAAGAAAGGAUAAUCCUCUCGAAUUUGUUCUGCACCCCGGCAGCCGCCCAGGCAGUAGUCGACUAUGUACCAAAAAUGAAGAUGCUAACUUCUGAACUACAUCCUGUAGCUCCCAACCAUUUCGGGCAAAAGUACUUCGGGACAGACUGAUAUGAGGACGAAUUUGAGUUCUAAUCUGUACUUAUUAAAGUUUAGUUUACUUUGUUAGUGUAGCCUUAUUUUGUUUUGUUUCUAUAGGCUUAAGAUACUUAAGAUACUACAAUUUAGGUAGUAGGUAGUGAAUUAUUUAUUCUAUAAUCAACUUUUGGUUGUAUGCAAUAAGCGUUGUUUUUGAUUGUGCAUUUAUAGUAAAGCAUUUUAUAUAUUUCUUCUUUAUCUUAUAUGUGUUGCAUUUUUUAAUUUAAAGUCUGUUAUUCUAUAUUAUGUUUAUUUUAUUUUUCAAAUAAGGCAGAUGGAACUCAAAAAUGUAUUAAUAAACCUCACAUUGUGAGUGUUUUAGUGCAUUGCGUAGGUACUAAAAUUCGAAAUUGUAUUAAAAUAAAUCUAGUUUUUAUACCAGUCUUAAAUUAAAUCUAGUGAUAAAUAAGAAAUUAAAUUGACACAUUAAUAAUUAUAUGCUUAUACCAUUGCACAACGACGACGCUUAAAUAUUAUCAAAUAUUGUACAAUAUAACAGCCAAUAUACAACGCAUUGAGGAAUCAAUUUGAACCAUUAGCAUAGCAAAUUCACUCUUAAUCACUACAUAGUAUAAAACAAAAUCGCUGUACGCCGUCUGUCUGUCCCUAUGUAUGCUUAGAUCUUUAAAAC